GCGGGCACCUAGGAAAAUUGCACGGAUUCUAUUCAUACUGUUGAAAACGCUUGUGCAGUGAAAACGCGCAGCAGCAACGAGCGAGUUCUCCCGCCUAAAACACUAGUGUUCAUCUUUGCUCCAACGCUAAAGAACCAAACUCCAAGAUGCCGUUCAAGAGUAUUAAGGCCCGUCAGAUCUUCGACUCGCGUGGCAACCCCACCGUCGAGGUCGAUCUGGUUACCGACCUUGGGCUGUUCCGUGCCGCCGUCCCGUCUGGCGCAUCCACCGGUGUCCACGAGGCGCUGGAGCUGCGGGACAACGAGAAGGCCAACUGGCACGGCAAGGGUGUGCUAAAGGCGGUCGAGAACAUUAACAAGCUCAUUGCUCCAGCAGUGUUGGGCUCCAACCUUUGCGUUACGCAGCAGAAGGAGCUCGACGAGCUGAUGCUGAAGCUUGACGGAACCGAGAACAAGUCGAAACUCGGUGCCAACGCUAUUUUGGGCGUGUCGUUGGCCGUCUGCAAGGCUGGCGCUGCAAAGAAGGGCGUCCCGCUGUACAAGCACAUCGCUGACCUUGCCGGCAAUGCCAACAUCAUCCUGCCGGUGCCAGCGUUCAACGUUAUCAACGGUGGCAGCCACGCAGGCAACAAGCUGGCUAUGCAGGAGUUCAUGAUCCUGCCGACUGGCGCGUCCUCCUUCACCGAAGCGAUGAAGAUCGGCAGUGAGGUGUACCAUCAUCUGAAGAACGUUAUCAAGGCUAAGUUCGGAUUGGACGCAACCGCUGUCGGAGAUGAGGGUGGCUUCGCCCCCAACAUUCUGGAGAACAAGGAAGCGUUGAACCUGAUCCAGGACGCCAUCGCAAAGGCGGGCUACACCGGCAAGGUCGAGAUCGGCAUGGAUGUGGCUGCGUCCGAGUUCCACAAGGAGGGCAAGUACGAUCUGGACUUCAAGAAUCCGAAGUCGGACCCGAGCGCUUGGUUGACGCCUGAUGCGCUGGAGCAAAUGUACCAGGGCUUCAUCAAGGACUUCCCGAUCGUGAGCAUUGAGGAUCCGUUCGACCAGGACCAUUGGGAUGCGUGGAGCAAGAUCACUGCUAAUACCACGAUCCAGAUUGUCGGUGACGAUCUGACGGUCACGAACCCGAAACGUAUCGCAACGGCGGUCGAGAAGAAAGCUUGUAACUGCCUGCUGCUGAAGGUCAACCAGAUUGGUUCUGUGACGGAGUCGAUCAAUGCCCACCUGCUGGCGAAGAAGAACGGAUGGGGUACCAUGGUUUCGCAUCGUUCCGGCGAAACCGAGGACACGUUCAUUGCCGAUCUGGUCGUUGGGCUGAGCACUGGCCAAAUCAAGACUGGUGCCCCUUGCCGAUCGGAGCGUUUGGCAAAGUACAACCAAAUUCUGCGCAUCGAGGAGGAGCUUGGUGCCGGCGCGAAGUUUGCCGGUAAGAGCUUCCGCCAUCCGCAGUAAGCUUUCUUUCACGGAGAAUCCACUUGAUAGCGAUAAGAGGCGCUUCAACGAGAAAGGGACUGUGUAUGUGUGGUUUGCUGAAAGCAGUCACCGUUGAGAAGAAGAGGGCGACCUCUAGUCUCCAUGUUUCCUUCUCCAAAGUGAUUCGACAAAAGUCUAGACGAUGAGUUUGGACGGUGCUUCAUCUCCAAGAUAUUUAAACUCGCCAGUGCAGACAUACACUCUUAUUUCACAUAUGUGAAAGACGGAUGAAUAAGACCCAUAAUCUAUCCAACCCAGCCUCGGUAUUUAUCGUCACAAUGCGCUACCGCGAAAAAAGUAUAAAUUAUAAGGCUUAAACAUAUUGAAUGUUAUAAUUGUUAAAUGAAAGUGUGACAGGCACGUUUGUCAAUGCAUUACUGAAAGUACAUGAUCAUUCGAUAAUACAAAGAAUCCAUGGUAGGA